GCCAAACUUUAAUGAUGUUCAAGACUGAUCUCUUCUAUUCUGCUUACAAUCUAAUAAUUACGCACCCCAUGACAGCGCAAACCAUCAAUUAAUUGUCGCUCCAAGUCAACAAUAACAUGGCUGCAAGGGAGUUAUUAGUUGUCAUUCUGAAUCAUACUAACGAGGAACUCAACAUCGAGGCAGAAUCACCAAGUCUAGAUCAUGGCCAUUGGAUGGACACGCCAGACUCGCGGCCGCCGCAAGAGAUACUGGCAGGGGAGAGCGGCAUGUUGCGAUGCCAGUCAAGCCACAUAUAUGGGGUGAUUACUGGUUCUGUUUCCUACAGAGUCGUCGGCUUCGAGACCAACAACAAAGUGACCUUUUCGUGGAACAUACCUUACGUGGGACCAAACAAAUACGACUGCUGUUGCCCACGAGAUGCUUUCAACAUCAGAGUUUUGGGUGGGCGGGGAAAUCAGGCUGUUGUUGUCUUCGUAUUUGAACCAGUUUCAGGCUCAGAUGCAGGAUUGGAUGAUGGUGCGUUUGCUGCUGUCACUUGAAUGGUCUGAGGGAUCAGUACGUAGUCUGACAAACAGCUACUUUAAUGCAAAGUUCAGCCACGUUUGUCUGGCAUGAAGCCAAACAUGUGAUGUUAUUUCCUAAGAUGGAGUACUAGUCCAUAAGCACUAUUCAGUGGGUUACUACACAACUUAAAUUCACAAGAACGCAUACGUAA